AUGAAGUUGCUCAUGUUUUUCGUCCUCCCGCAGUUCCUGAGCGUGCCGGCGCGUGGGUCCCCAACUAACUGGAGUCACGAUGACGGCGCGGUUUUCUUCCGGCAUCCGGACGGCAAUCUUCAACCUGCCAAUCACUCGUCGACAGCACCGUCCUGUCCUGGUAUCAAGUUCAUCGAGAACCUCGUUCACACCACGUCAUCAGCAGGGACAUCGACAGCGGCAGCUAUAAAGGAGCUCCCCUUGCGACAGCGCGCCAGUGGGCAUGAAAGCUCUGCAGCCAUGAAGUUGCUCAUGUUUUUCGUCCUCCCGCAGGUUAGUAAACAAAAACCUUGCCAUUGUUUUAAAUCAGACAAUGUUUGCCUUGUUAUGCUUCCAUGCCCUGAAGCUUGUAUUGAGUCUUUUAGAGUUCUGCUGCUGUUGUUGUCUGGUGAUGCUGAGCGGAACCCAGGUCCCAUGUCAAAACCCCAAGAAGAACAAUUACUUAGCUUACAAGAAACAGUCGAUAAACUUAAAAACAGUCAAGUAAACCUUCUAAAAGAAAAACAAAAACAAAGUGAACAGACAGUUUCAACACUUGAAGAGCGACUUAACAAACUCGCGAGUGAACUCGACGCACUAAAGCAGAAGGAUACUAGUAGCGCCGCGACCACUGAACCCCAGCUUACUGCUGCCUUAAACGAACUAUCUCAGCUAAAAACACGUUGCGAUGAUGCAGAGGGCAGAUCCCGUCGCUGUAAUCUUUUAUUUUUUGGCAUCACCGACGCAGACAAGGAAACGUGGGCUCAGUCAGAGUGCUUGGUCACUAGCUUGUGCUCCGAGAAACUAAACGUGCAAGUUGAAUCAUCUAGGAUUGAAAGGGCGCAUCGCCUAGGAGCAUUCGACCCUCAGAAAUGUCGCCCAGUAAUAGUAAAGUUUUCUUCGUUUAAAGAUAAAGAUAGCGUUCUUUCAUCAGCCCACAAGCUUAAAGGAACUCGCGUAGCCAUCAGCGAAGACUUCCCAAUUUCUGUCCGGCUCGCACGCCGUCACCUUCUUGAUUUUGCAAGGCCAAAAGGCACCCCCUACAGACUGCGUCAUGAUAAACUUUUUAUAAAUGAUAAGUGCUAUGUAUUCGAUGCCGCUCUUGGCGCCGUUAAAGAAAAAGACACACAGCCACACACCGGUUCACAAUUGACCUUACUGGACAUUCACACUUGGCAUCGCCCCGGAAAACCGAACCUGAACGAAGCUCUGUACAAACUGCAAUGUUUCAGCAACGAGGUCAUCAAGGUUAAGGGCCAAUGUGAACUUCAGGUUGAAUUUGAAGGAAAUAAGUACAAUCUAGAGGCUAUUUUCACUAACAUAAACCAAGCCAACUUGUUGGAAAGGAUCUGGGUGACAGCUCUGAAAUUGGAUCUCAACAACUUCUUCGUCGCUCUUGUGAAAACAGAAGAAAGCCUCAAGACGGUGCUGACUAGAUACGCAGCCCUAUUCAGAAACAAACUUGGGUUAGCCGACCUGUGCGCACCGCUGACUAAUCUACACAAGAAGAAUGUUCCUUGGCAAUGGAGCUUAGCUUGCGUAGAAUCCUCCCAAGACAUCAAGGGCUUUUCUAUGGCAUUAAGUGUACUCCACCAACUCAGUUUGGAAACGCUGAUGGCUUGUCACGACUACCUCCAGAACCUGAUGCAGAGUUUGACGCGGAAGUUCAACAUGGAGUUGCCGAUGCUGUGA